GGCUUGCCAUACAGCGCUGUAGCAGCAGACACCCUGGGAGGAGGAGGAGGAAACUGGAGGAGGAGGAGGAGAAGGAGGAAGAGGAUGGGUAUUACCAAUGACGACGAGGCCAGCGCUCGGUCUGGCUCUCAGUAGUUACCUGUCACGGUAAACAGUCGGAAGCACUGCGGAAAGGCGGAACACCUGAGCACUGACUGUUGGCUUUCCUCUUCUUCGCGUCGGUCCCUCGGAGGAACGAGAAGGGGUCUCAUGAUGGCUGCUGUCCCUGCUCCUCAGAUCAGAGGACUCCAGGCUGAAGAGGAGGACUCCAGAAUCCUCAAAGUGAAAGUCAUUGCUGGAAUUGGAUUGGCCAAGAAAGAUAUACUGGGUGCAAGGAGUCACCAGACCAGUUCAGUAACUCAUGAUCCGUACACCAGGCUGUCCCUUUAUGAUCCGAUCAACGGAGAAAUCACCAGUCUGCAGACUAAAACCAUUAAAAAGACUCUGGACCCAAAAUGGAACGAAGAGUUCUAUUUCCGAGUUAAUCCCACAAACCAUCGGCUGCUGUUUGAGGUGUUUGAUGAGAACAGACUGACGCGUGAUGACUUUCUGGGUCAGGUGGACGUGCCUUGA